AUGCCUGAAUUACGUCGUUCCGCUAGAGUUGCUGCUAAACCAGCUGUUCCUCCCCCAGCUUUCGAAGAAGAACCACCCAAGAAAAAGAAUAAACAAACCAGUAUCAAUACUAAUGGUGGUAAUGGUGGAUCUAAAGUUAAAGAAUUAGAAGUUGAUGAUAAAAUCCCUGAUAUCACUUUAUUUGAUGAAGAUAAUAAUGAAGUUAAUUUAGUUGAAGCUGCUAAUAAAGCUAAAUAUAUCGUUAUAUUUGCUUAUCCAAAAGCUUCAACUCCAGGUUGUACAAGACAAGCAUGUGGAUUUCAAAGAAAUUAUGAAUUCUUAAAGAGUAAUAAUGUUACUGUAUUUGGUUUAAGUGCUGAUUUACCUAAAUCUCAAAAGAAUUUUGUGGUUAAGCAAAAAUUGGAAUAUUCUUUAUUAUCGGAUCCAUCCAAGGAAUUAAUUGGAAUUUUAGGAGCAAAGAAAUAUCCUACUGGGAUUAAAAGAUCUCAUUGGAUCUUUGUUGAUGGUGUUUUAAAGGUUAAAAGAAUUCAAAUAUCUCCUGAAGCUAGUAUAGAUGGUGCUAAAGCCGAAAUUGAAAAAUUCAUUAAACAAGGUGGCGAUGAACCAAAAGAAGAGGAAGAUGAAGAUGAUGAAGACGAAGAAGAAAUAAAGAAAGUUGAAGAUUUGAAAGUUGAAGAUGAAAAAGUUGAAGAACCAGUGAUUGACGAACCAAUUGUCGAAGAACCAAAAGCUGAGGAACCAAACGCUGAGGAACCAAAAGUCGAAGAACCAAAAGUUGAAGAACCAAAAGUUGAAGAACCAACUAAUGGAACUACAGAUUAA